AUGAUUUCUUUUUUUUUUCUUUCAAUUUUCAUUGGACUUAGCUUCUUCUUUUUUUCUAUUGUUCAUCUAUUCGCUUCAUUAGCAAUUUUGUCUUUUUUCAUUCCUUUUUUCCUUUCCACUGCUUUUCUUAUUAUUUUUUUUUUUUUUGCUUUCCAUUUUCUUUUCACUUCUUUUUUCUUGUCAUCUUGGCCGUUUUCUUAUUUUUCAAUUGUUAUUCUUCAGUUAUUUCUUUCUCCUUCACUCAGCUUCAACUGUGCUUUUCUGUUUUCUUAUUUUCAUUUUAAUUUUACAAUUCCUUUCAAUCUUCAUUUUUAUUUCUCUCCCUUUUUCCAAUUUCUUUCUUUUUCACAAACACAAUGGAAGCUGAUUCUUACUGACAUCCAUAUUUCUUUUUUCUUUCCUCUUUUGCUUUCACACAGACUUUAUUUAUUGUUUAUUUCAUUGUUUGCAGGUUUUGAAACUGCUCGGACACUUGCUUUUCAUGGUGCAACUGUGAUACUGGCUUGUCGUAACCUGGAAAGUGCUGCAGCAGCCAGCGAGAAGAUUCUUGCAGAAAGAUCCACAGCAGAAGUAGAAAUCAUGGCACUAGAUCUGGCUUCUUUAAAAAGUGUUCGCUAUUUUGCAGAUACAUACAAAUGUAGGAAAUGGCCGCUUCACAUUCUCAUUCUGAAUGCUGGUGUCUUUGGUUUGCCUUACACUGCAACAGAAGAUAAUGUUGAGAUAACUUUCCAAGUGAAUCACUUAUCCCACUUUUACCUGUCUUUAUUGCUGAAAGAUGUAAUGGUCAGUUCCAAUCCUUGCAGAAUUGUUGUUGUCUCAUCAGAGUCACACAGGUUUUCAGACUUGAGUUCCGAGAACAUCAGUGAAGAAAAGCUAUCUUUGCCGAGUAGUCAAUACAAGGACAUGAGUGCCUACAAUACAUCAAAACUUUGCAACAUUUUGUUUGCAACAGAAUUAAACCAACGCUUGCUGCCACUUGGAGUAACUGUGAAUGCACUUCACCCUGGCAACAUGAUGAGCUCUAAUUUGGCCCGUAACUGGUGGGUUUAUCGCCUCCUUUUUGCAGUUGUCCGUCCAUUCACAAAGACCAUGCAACAAGGUGCAGCUACAUCCCUGUAUUGUGCAGCUGUUCCAGAACUUCAAGGUAUUGGGGGUAUGUACUUCAACAAUUGUUGCCGUUGUGAACCAUCGUCUGCAGCCCAAAAUGGGAAACUUGCCACGGCCCUUUGGGAGAUCAGCACAAAGAUGUUGUCUGAUCGUUCUUUUGUAUGGUGA